AGCUACAUUUAAGACUAAGAUGGUUGACUUAAUCGAGAAAGGUAAAUUACACGUUGCAGCUGGCUGUGGCCGCAUCAAGGAACAUAUCAUAGAGAGAGGUGAAGGCAGCUGGGUUUAUACUAAUGAAGAGAAAUUACUGGAUUUCACCUGUGGAAUUGGCGUAACUAACUUAGGACACUGUCAUCCUCGUAUAACGAAAGCAGCGCAAGAACAAGUUGGAACACUCGUCCAUGGACAAUGUAGUAUUGGUUUCACACGCCCAUACGUGGAGCUUAUCGAGAAGUUACUUCAAGUGAUGCCAGACCCUUCACUAGAUUCAUUCUUCUUCCUCAACUCUGGAAGUGAGGCCGUCGAAAAUGCUAUUAAAGUUGCAAGAAAAUCAUCCGGAAAGACUCACGGUAAUAUUAUAUGUAUGCAAGGCUCUUAUCAUGGACGUACCUAUGGCGCCUCAGCACUUACGAAGUCAAAAACAAUCUACGCUGAGCAAGUAGGUAAUGGUAUGCCUGGUAUUUACACCACGCCAUUCCCAUAUGCCCACCAAAUGGGUCUUCCACAGUCAACUUCUGAGGAAGAGCUCGUAAAGCAUUGUUUAUUCCAAUUGGAAAUGUUGCUCGCUCAACAGAGUGCUCCUGUUGACACCGCGGCUAUCAUCCUUGAACCGGUUCUUGGAGAAGGUGGGUAUGUACCUGCACCAACCUCAUUCCUUCACGGCUUGCGUAAAAUCUGUGAUGAUAACAACAUUAUGCUCAUCUUAGAUGAAGUCCAAAGUGGAUUUGGAAGAACAGGCAAAUACUUCGCUGUAGAGCACUCCGGUGUACGUCCAGAUAUAUUGGUUAUCGCAAAGGGGAUAGCAAACGGUUUCCCACUUUCUGCUAUCGUUACUCGCAAGGAGCUUACAGACAAGAUGCCAAAGGGCUCAUUGGGAGGUACAUACUCUGGCAAUGCAAUCUCAUGCGCAGCCGGUGUAGAAUGUGCCAACGUCAUGAAGGAAGAACAGAUACUUGAUAACGUUAACGCGCGUUCAGUUGAGUUAUUUACUGCUUUGAAACAACUUCAAGAUGAUCAUGAAACAAAGGAUUUUAUUGCCGAUGUUCGUGGAUUAGGUCUUAUGAUUGGAGUAGAAUUCGUCAGCUCAACGAAGCAUCCAAUCCCAUCAGCAGUUAUCAAGAACUCAACUCCAGACAACAUUGGGGCAAAGGUACAGAAAAAAUGCCUCGAAAAGGGUUUGAUGUUGUUAACAACAUCUGCAUUUGACGUCAUUAGAUUUAUUCCACCUCUCACGAUCUCCAAAGAGGAAAUGGAGCUUGGUUGCAAAAUUUUCAAGGAAAGCGUCAGAGAAGUUGUCAAACAAGAAUAAAAGAGAGGUUUUUUAUUAUUAUGUUUUGAUACAUUAU